AUGGACGAAGGGGGGACUGAUUCAGAGGCAGGUGGGGUAGGCGGAUGUGGUCCCGGGGUCACAAAACCAAAAAAGAUGGCCAAAGUUGUAAAUACUCAGUCUAAACGAAAAGAUCAUCUCAAUAUUGUUUUCAUUGGACAUGUUGAUGCUGGCAAAUCAACAAUAGGAGGACAUAUAAUGUACCUAACAGGACAGGUAGACAAGAGAACGUUGGAGAAAUAUGAGAGAGAGGCUAAGGAAAAGAACAGAGAGAGCUGGUACUUGUCUUGGGCACUGGACACCAAUUUAGAAGAGAGAGACAAAGGCAAAACAGUGGAAGUUGGUCGGGCCUUCUUUGAAACUGAGAACAAACAUUUUACCAUUCUGGAUGCCCCAGGCCACAAAAGUUUCGUCCCCAACAUGAUUGGUGGCGCUUCUCAGGCUGAUAUUGCUGUUCUUGUGAUCUCGGCUAGAAAAGGAGAAUUUGAGACGGGAUUCGAGAGAGGGGGCCAGACGAGAGAGCAUGCCAUGUUGGUUAAGACGGCAGGAGUUCGACACCUCAUCAUUCUCGUCAACAAGAUGGAUGAUCCCACUGUCGAAUGGGACGAAGCAAGGUUCAACGAAAUCAAAGACAAACUGACGCCUUACCUGAAAAAGUGUGGCUUCAACCCGAAAAAUGACAUCACCUACAUACCAGUGUCGGGAUUGGUUGGCCACAAUCUCAAAGAGGUCAAUACUACCCUCUGCCCGUGGUAUAGUGGCCAAUCACUAAUCAGUUAUCUCGAUAGCCUUCCAUCCAUCAGUCGAAUGAACAGAGGACCCAUUCGAAUGCCCAUUGUCGAUAGAUACAAAGACAUGGGGACGAUUGUUCUGGGCAAGAUUGAGUCAGGGGUCAUCUCAAAAGGUCAAGUUCUCACCAUGAUGCCUAAUAAGUGUUCAGUGGAAGUCAUGCAGCUCUGGUCGGACGACGACGAAACUGAUCAGGUGUUUCCGGGAGAGAAUGUGAAGAUAAAAUUGAAGAAUGUCGAAGAGGAGGAUGUGUCUCCUGGCUUUAUUUUAUGCUCAGUUGAAAAUCUCUGCCAUACUGCUAAAACUUUUGACGCCCAGGUAGUAAUUCUGGAGCACAAAUCAAUCAUAUGUGCUGGGUACAGUGCCGUCAUGCACAUACAUGCCUGUGCUGAAGAAGUUACUGUCAAGGCCUUGAUAUGCCUAAUCGACAAGAAAACGAACGAGAAAUCGACGUUGAGGCCGAGAUUCAUAAAGCAGGAUCAGAUUGCAAUUGUGAGGUUGGAGGUGGCUGCUGGGAUGAUCUGCCUGGAACCCUUCAAGGACUUUCCACAGAUGGGAAGGUUCACGCUGAGAGAUGAAGGACGUACAAUUGGAAUAGGCAAGGUGCUCAAAGUAGUUGCUUAA